GUUAUUGUCAUAAGGAUUUUCAUAGUGGAAAUAUAUUGCAAGAUGAAAGAUUUUCUUAUAUUUCAGAUUUUGGAUUAACAGGACCAGCAGAUAAGCAAAAAUCGGAUGAUAAAAUAUAUGGAGUAUUGCCAUAUAUCGCUCCUGAAGUCUUGAAUGGAGAUCCUUAUACCUUAGCUUCUGAUAUAUACAGUCUUGGUAUAAUUAUGACGGAAUUAUCAACUGGAAACCCUCCAUUUUAUAAUAAAAUUCAUGACUUAACGCUAGCUUUAGACGUUUGUAAUGGACUCCGUCCAGAAUUUGGAAAAGGAACUCCCGAAUUUUUUAAGAAAUUAGCUAUUAGGUGUAUGAAUGCAAAUCCAAAUCAAAGGCCAACAGUCCAAGAAUUCAAUAACAUGUUAUAUUUUUGGAAAUAUUCUAUUUAUAAUCUUCUUCCCGAAGUGCAACAAUGA